CUUUCCUUCAGCUCUGAAGCUCCAUGAAGCUCUGCUUCCUCCUGCUGGUUAGAAAGCGUCAGAGCAGGUCGACCUCCCGGACGCUGGGGGCGCUGUCACGUGACCGGACCGGUCAGUUCAGGCAGCCGAACUCACUUCCGGUCCAGAUGCUUUAUUUUUUUUAAUACAAACAGAAUGUGAAAGUAGACUCCUGUAAGGUUUGUCUCCUUCCGGCUGAAAGAUGGCGGCGCUUCCUGGAGUCCGGGUCUUCCUGAAGACCUGUCAAUCACUGAGCUGCCAGAGGCCUUUCAGGUUUGUUCCCGUCCAGCUGGCAUCGACCGGCCCGUCCAGAACCUUCUCCAGUGAGAGUCCAAAGCAGCCGGUGAACCCGGAGAACGAGACGCUGAUCCAGAGCCUGAGCCUGAUGGGCGUGGACCUGACGAUGGCGCGGCGGCGGCAGCCGGGGGUGCUCCGGAAAGACUGCACCAACGAGAAGGGCCUGGCCCGGUUCCUGCAAGGGAAAGGGGCCAGCCUCAAAACCAUCGCCAGCAUCGUUUCCCGCUAUCCCCGUUCCAUCACGCGCUCCGUGGAGCACCUGGAGCAGCGCUGGAGGCUGUGGAGGAACGUCUUCCAGACUGACGCCGAGAUCGUCAGCAUCCUGGACCGCUCCCCGGAGUCCUUCUUCCGCUCCAGCGACAAUGGGAACCUGGAGAAAAACAUCGCCUUUCUGACGUCGCUGGGACUGAACAGCAAGGAUCUCCAUCGGAUGCUGACCACGGCUCCACGGACGUUCUCCAACAGCGUGGAGCUCAACAAGCAGAUGGUGGAGUUUCUGGAGGACAUCUGCGCAGAGCUGGGCGGAGACGAUCCAGAGCAGUUUGCAAAGACGGUCAUCGCCAGAAACCUUUACAUUCUCAUCAGGAGCACCAGAAGAGUCCGAGCAAACAUCGACAACCUGAGAGCCUCUCUUCAUUUAAGCGACUCGGAGCUGCUGGUUCUACUGCAAGGCCACGGCGCCGAAAUCCUGGACCUGUCCAGCGAAUAUCUGAAGAAGAACUUCCAAAACCUUCUGCAGAAGAUGACUGUGCUCGGCUGUCAGGAAGCAGACGUAAAGAAGCUGCUCAUCGGCUAUCCGAUGAUUCUCUACAUCGGCCCGGAAACGUUAAACAGAAAGAUCGAUUGUCUGUUAAAGGGAGGAGUAACGGUGACGCAGAUCCUGAAGAAGCCCAAAGUGCUGGACUACAGCACUCAGAACAUAACGGAGCGGCUGACGGAGCUGCAGCGGGUCGGCUACGACUUCAGCAAGAACGGCAUCAACAUCUUAGACUCCAGCCGGAAGCGGUUUGUGGCAAAGAUGGAAAAGCUGUCCUCAGAGGAGGGAAAUCCGGAGCUUUAGCUCCAUGUCGCCGUCGGGAGUCUUCUGUCAGUUCGUGACGUUUGAUUCUAAUCACUGCAGCUUCUUCUUUCCUUCAGUCCAGACGAGUUUCUGGACUGAAGGACAACAUAUGUAUUUCCUUUUUUCUUACAUGUUUUAUGAUCAAUAUUUAAGUGAUGGAAAAACAAAAAGCUGAAACUUCCUAAAGAGUUUCCGUUCAAUAUUAAACUUUUUUGUUUUAAUAUUAAAUGUUAGCAACUGUCCGUGGAUUGUUGGGAUGUAACGCUUCUACAAAUAAACACAUUCAACAGAA